UUAUGACCAUGUUUACACCGUGCCAAAAUAUUGGACGUGGUGCGCAUGCGUAAAAUGGUCGCUCUUUCUGGGGGAUACCGACGAAGAGUCAACACGUGACAAUAUUACGAUGGGAGACAAUAUAGAUGAUGAUUUUACUGGGGCUCAGUCCGGGGCAGCUAACACAGUUCCUGCUCAGUGCUCUUCUCUUCGCAAAAAUGGAUUUGUGUGCAUUAAGGGUCGACCAUGCAAAAUAGUGGAAAUGUCCACCUCAAAGACUGGAAAGCAUGGCCACGCCAAGGUACACUUGGUGGGAAUUGACAUCUACACUCAGAAAAAGUAUGAAGAUAUUUGCCCUUCUACCCACAAUAUGAAUGUUCCAAUUGUUACUCGUACUGACUAUCAGCUUAUUGAUAUAGAGGCAGAUGGUACUCUCACCCUUUUGGAGGAAACUGGUAAUGAGAAAAAUGAUAUGAACAUACCCUCAAAUGACCUAGGCAAGGAAAUUAAGGAGCGCUUUGAAAAUGGCGAAUCCCUCCUUUUGACCAUCACAUCCUGUAUGGAUAUGGAGCAGGUCACCGGUAUAAAGGUGGAUACUAAAUAGAUUCCUUGCAUGAAGAAAUAGCUGAAUCUAGAAAUACUAAACAACAGACAUUUAUUUAAAUUUGUCAGCGAUGGCUAGGUCUUCACACGGGUAUGAGGAACACAGAACAGAAAUAGGGGGUGGGGUGAUCCGGGGAUGAUGACUAUGUAUUCGCUCUUCAUCAGUAUCCAGGCUCAUCACCUCGUGGACAAAACAAGGACCUUUGUAGAUGUUCAUCAACUUUUGAUUUUUUUUCUGUGUUUUUCUGGCAUUCGAUUCAAAGUUAGAGGAUUAAAGUGAAGUUGAUUGAUUAAGGACUUUGUUAUUCAAAGAAAGAGGAAAAUUUGCAUAAUUUACACAACAAACAUAAAGCACUCCAAAUUGGAAAUGGAAAUAUGACUCCAGAAAGAUACUGAUGAGUAAUUAUAAAUUAAAGUGUUCACGAACAUUUCCAAUGUGUGUAUAUGUGUGAGUAUCUAGCCACAGGUAUAUCAAAGUGCUAUUCAUUUUGUUAUUCUGUAUUCCUUUUGAUGCUGCUAAUUGAAAUGCAAUGCAUUUUGAAGAAGAUUUUGAUAAGUACUGUGUGGUAAAAUUGUACAAUAUCUGGUUUUUGAUUAUUUUUUAAGUUAGCAGAAUAGUUCAAGGACUUUCUGAACAAGCAAUUAGAAUUUACUACAGCAUUGUACAUUUUUAAAAAAAAGAAUUAAAACUGUGGAAAUGCUUAAUUGUUCAACUUUCUCCUUGAACUUAAUGCACAAAACAACUGUUAUUGCAAUAAAUUUCUUUCCUACAACUACAAAAA